UAACUUAGAGGUACUAGUUACAGUCGUUUAGUAAUCAUUGUCAAGUGUAUCUAUUACCACUGCAAUAUCAAAAAUCAUCAUGAACCAAUUACUUGUUUUCGUCGUUGCACUUUCAUUCGUUUUUACCAUUGCUGUCGCUCAAAGUGAAGAAGAUUCAAAUAACGCAAGUCUUGAAAAUUCAGUAGAUUCAGAUAUCGAUUCUACAGUCGAUACGGGAUCCAAUACCGCCAACGCAGACAUAGAAACUGCCGCCGAAACCGCUAACAGUUUUAUAGAGAAAGCCACAGAACCAGAAGAACAACUCAAUAAAGCGGUACAAAAUAUGAUGACGUAUUUCACGGACUCAAACAAAGAUAUGUCUGAUAUUUUAGAAGAUAUUAAAAAUAUAAGUGAGAACAAUAGUGAUAGUAUUAGAAACAACCUUGUCGACAAUUUGAUGAGUUAUGCGGAAAACACUGAAAAGAUGAUGCAAUAUUUCCAUAUGGUGAUGGGUAUGAGAGCUCGAUUCCAAGACUCAAUUUUAAAACAAUUGAACUCAUUACCAAUUAGCUCAGAAGACGCAGAAAAAUUGGGAAAUCAUCUACGUGAACAGAUGAAGCUCCGAGCAGAUAAAAUACCAAAUAUGCAAAAUAUGAUGGCUUAUCCACAGCAAGUAUCAAAAUUUAUUCCGAGAAAAUUUAGAUUUAUUUCAAAUUAACAUUUAUUUAUUAUUUUAUUAUACAAUAUAUCUCCAA